AUGGAUGGUAACAUGGGUAAAGAAAUUUUCCGUAUGAAUGGAAUUCAAAGACCAGCUUGGUUGGAAGCCCUAAUUCACUUGGAGAAAUUCUUCGUGCCAUGUUCGAAUCACGAGUUUGCGAAGAAGAACGAGAAAAACGUGUUGUGUUUAGAUUGUUGUACGAGUUUAUGCCCUCAUUGUAUCCCUUUACAUCGUGUACAUCGACUUCUUCAAGUUCGUCGAUACGUAUAUCAUGAUGUCGUUAGAAUGGAAGAUCUCGAGAAACUUGUGGAUUGUUCCAACGUUCAGGCUUAUACAAUUAACAGUUCCAAAGUGAUGUUCAUCAAGAAGAGACCUCAGAAUAGACAAUUCAAAGGCUCUGGUAAUUAUUGCACUUCUUGUGAUAGAAGCCUUCAAGAACCUUUUAUCCAUUGCUCACUUGGAUGCAAGGUGGAAUUUAUUCUAAAGCACUAUAAGGAUCUAACUCCAUACCUAAGACCAUGCAAAACACUUCAACUAGGUCCCGAUUUCUUCGUUCCACAAGAUCAUAUUGGAGAAUAUUAUAACGAUGAGACAGGUCGAUCGACGAUUGUGGACAGUGAUCAGGAAGCGAUGAGUUGGUCCACAACAACAUCAUCGGAGUCUGAAAACACGAGCAUGGUCUGUCCGGAGUUUCCGAGGAAGAAAAGGAGCGGUUUGUACAACGUUUGUGGGAGGUUGACAAGGAAAAUGAACUCGUCUGAGAAUCAUCAUGUUCAUAAUCAAGACAUGAUGAUGUCUACAAACAUAAGUGGGAGAAGGAAAGGAAUCCCUCAUAGAUCACCUUUGUGUUAAACUAAAUUUUUAGUUAUAAUUUAAAAAAAAAAUAUUAUUUUCAAUUUGUCCUUACCAGUUACCAACUUGAAUUUCAACUUUAUUUUUUUUAAACUUACUGAUGAUGAUCCCCCUUUGACUGAUUUAUCAUUCAACUAAUACUCUCUCUAGAGCUCUGA